ACAGUUUUUCACCCUUUGGUGCUGCAUGAAAAACCAAUAUGCUGCAUAAAAAAACUACUCAAAUUGUGUGUGGUCAUGGAAAGUGGGCUUGUGAAAGAUAUAAAUGGAAAGGAAAAGGAAACCUGAGUCCUGGGAUUGCCACAAGAAAAAGGUAAAGACACAAACUUUUUUUUUUUAAUGUUGUUGUUAUUGAGAUGACUAAGAACAACUAAGCAUCCACUACUAUUGAGGACUAUGUCACAUGAAAUUCAACAUCUCUUGUUCCUUUCCUCUAUUUUGCAUUAAAGAUUCCAUGAGAUGCAAUUUCAGAUAAAGUGAGUAAAAGGGUUUUACUGCUCCUCUUUAUCUUUCAUUGUCAAAAGUUAGUCCUCUCAGCUCUCAAGAGUUAAAUACAUGGAUAGAUUCAUCAAUUAGAGGAUCCAUAGGGGCAGAACCAGAACUAAGCUCUGUCUUAUUCUUGCCCCUUCGGGUCUUGUUGCUGUUGUUCAGUUUUUGUGGGGUGCCCUUCUGCUACAUAAAAUCUAUAUACACUCCUUCAAUCAAUAGAGGGAAGAACAAAAGGUAAAGCCUGCUCUCUAGAUCUUCUGAGAAAGGAAGUGAUUGAUGGAGGAUAAUAACUAUAACAGGCAGAGGAGUGGAAUAUGGAGAUGCUUGAGAGAUGGAGACUUUGAAGAAGAGGAAGUUUGGGCUGUUUUCAAGGAAAGACCUGAUUACAACAAUAUUUCUGGUGUUCACAAGCCAAAGGAAAAAGGGUCUUCUCCUCUUGCUGUUCCAAGGACUCUUCCAAGUGCUGCAAGGAUGAUUCCAAGGACUAGUAGUGGCAAUAGCAGUGCCAGUUCCUCUCAUGAAGCCAAGGUUCUUCAGCAAUCAGCACCUCUCAACAUUCCUGACUGGUCACAGAUUUAUAGGAACAAGCCAAACAACACCCCCAACAGUGUUUCAAAGUUUGGUGGCUAUGGUGAUUUCUACCAUUCUGGUGAAGGUGAUGAUGAUGGUGAGGGUAUUGGUAAUUAUGGUGGAGGGUACAGUGAUGAUGAGGAAGAAGAAGAUGAUGAGUAUGACACAAAGCUCCCUCCACAUGAGUUUAUUGCAAGAAGGCUUGCAAGGAGUCAGAUAUCCUCUUUUUCAGUUUUUGAAGGUGUUGGAAGGACCCUCAAGGGUAGGGAUCUCAGCAAAGUGAGGAAUGCUGUUCUCACCAAAACUGGUUUCCUUGAAUCAUUGUGAAAGAGGUUUCCUUGAACCAAAUUUGUUAUGUAUAGAGGGGUAGCCAGUGGUUGGUUAGUUCUUGAGAUUGUGUGAUGUUGUGUAUGGAAGAUUCAUUGAGGCUUUUACCAUGAAAAAAACAAUGAUUCAACUUGGUUCUGGUGGCAAUUGAAACUGGCUUAUGUCAAACUUAUGGUGUGUCUGGUAUAAAGCCAGCCAUUAAUCAUUUUCAAGAACAUAAGUGUUUUUAA